AGUUCUUUUCCAGGCGCCAAACUUGACACAGAUUAUGUGUUCGGAUGUGGAACAGGGCCUAAGGGUUGAUCCCGAUGUCGAUGUACUGAGGAAGGGAUGUUUUUGGAUUAAAAGAAGAGCAGGCCCACUCCUGACCGGUCUAGCGUCACAUUUACUCUGGCCCUCACAUCGGCAACAAGGCAGAUCAGCAAUGGCAGCAGCAGUGAGAGUUCUACUGGUCUUAGCUCUACUUUCAGUGGGAAUUACCACCCUGGCAGUAGCUUCGGAAUCGGAAGAUAAUAACCAAGUAUCUGCUGAGGAUGGAAGUAUGGAAUCUCGCAGCGAUUACCCUGAUAUUGAUGAUCUGAGUGAAUUCUUCGAUUUCGAUCUCGGAACUUCAAGCGAACCUGAAAAGAAUCAUUACAACAAACCCAAGACAUCCCGUAAUAAAUAUUACUAUUACUAUAAAUCAGAUGGAUCCCGCUACUAUGAAAGGUCCAACUUUCCGAAAAAACAAGUGGUUACUCCCGGUUCUCAUUACAAACCCCAAGAUGAUAAGGAGGUGCUAACUGAAACAACAAACGUAGACGAUUCUAAUUCGACCCUGAGUAAAGCUGUAGUCGGCCAGUAUCAGAUAUCGGUAGUGGAUGCCAAUAAUCCUAUCUUUACAAAAUUAGGAUUGAAAAAGGAAGAUUUGGAAAAACUAUCCGGAUAUACUAAACGAAGUAUUUCAAAUAUUUCUAUGGUAGGGUCAGAUUCGAUUCCACCAGCAACCUAUGCUGAAAAUCCUAGACCAGAUUACCCUGAACAAGGAUAUGCACCCAACCAUCAGCAUCCUCCCACUCCUAAUACUCAUUCGUACGAACCGCAUAAACACUCACAGUAUGACAAUGAUCGCACUGAGAGACAAUACAGACCCAAUGAAUAUUACCCUGCAGAUAACCAUCAGCCACAAAGAAGCUAUGGGCAGGCACCAGGACCAGCGCAACCACCUCCACAAGGCUCCUAUGAUGCCAAGAGCUACCAGGCUGUCCAAAACUCCGCUCACCAGUAUCAGUCUGGGUACAAUUAUGGACAGCCACCACCACCUUCUCCUCCAGCAUAUGACCAAUAUUCUUCUCAAGGUCGCCAUCAAUAUCCUGCUCCAGCUCACAACCAAUAUUCUGGUCCACCUAGCAAUCACUAUCCUGCUCCUCCCGGCAAUUAUGCCCCUAAGCGAAGUUCUGGAGAACCUUGGAGAGCAACGCCAGUCCACACUGAUUGGGAUGACAAACAGAGCAAGAAACCAGAAUCAUAUCAUCAACAUGGUCCCUACCCUCCGCAUCCCCCACCUGUUUCAUAUAGCAGUACCCCAUCCAAUUCAGUUUCCCACUACCCCAAAUCAACUUACAGCUCUUCUGACAAACCAGGAUAUCGUUACGCAACUUAUACGAAACCACAAGGUGCUCCAAAACCUUCUUACAGCUCUCCAUCAACUUCCAGUGAGUAUCACUCCCACAAACCUAGCUAUUCAUCCUCAUCAGGAUACUCCUCAUCAGCGAAAGCUCCUUCAAGAGCUGGAUCUGUUAGUUAUCCUGCUCCUUCUCACCACCAUCAUCAUGACACUUACCAUGAGCCCUCCAAACCUGGCAUUACUAUAAGGUUAAAAGCUAAAUCUCCAUCGCAUCACGGAGGAGAAGGAGGAGGUGGACACGGAUUGAACAUACCUGUUAGCUUAAAUCCUUUCGAUGUUGUCAAGAAAUUGUUACCCUCUCUGAAUCCUCUGAACAACAAGAAAGUUACCAUUGGUAUAACGAUUGAGAAUAAAAAGGAAAACCACCACGACUACCAUUCUUAUUAAAGAUAAUGAUAACAAUUGUUGAGCAAGUUACUACUACCUUUCACUGUGAUACCUUGAAAACUGUUUUCAUCCGCAACGAAAAUCAACUUUCUGAACUCAUAUUUUACCUAAUAAGAGCUAUUUCUUUCGUGUCUGAAUAUUAUUAAAAUCACUUUUAAUCUUUUGGGUAUAUUAUGUAGACAUUAAGGUUGAAGUCUAGAGGAAGUGUUAAGCAUCGCCCCUCUACGUAAAGAAUAAUGAGUUGAAUUAGAUGCAUCUCUGUUAGGAAUAUGUGAGUUAUAGAAAGUUUAAUAUCAAGGUGACAGUUUAAUAGGGUGGUUUGAUCUCUAAUGUUUUAUCAAACCUAAGUCUCGAGCCAGUCAAAAUAUUUUAGAUGUUUAUUUUAUAGCAUAUUUUAUUAUUCAUAUGGAAAAAAAACGUGAGCGAAAUGUUGUCAGAUAAAUGUUAAACUGUUUGCGAAUGAGAGAAUUAAUUCUUUUUGAUUAAUUAUGACAGCAUUUAUUAAAUUAUUAUUGCAGAUUUCCUCUUCCUGCUGAAAAAUGCCAUUCAUUUUCCGCCGAGAUUUUUGUUAACAUCACUUAAAAUUACACUGAAAUUGAAGUUUCCUGUUUAUUAUAUAAUUUAAAAUUGCAUUAGACAUCAUACUAAAUAUUAAAUACAGUAUUUUUAUAUAAAACCACAACAUCUUUGUUUUUAAAAACAAGUAUUUGCUUAGGACGUGCCUAGAUUCAACUUUCUAAAUAUUGUUUCAAUUGUAAAUACAUAAGGCGAAUAAUUCUACAAAUUUUAUCUAUUUAUAGAAUGUAAUCAAAAAUAACUUAUUUUUCAAAUAUAAAUUAAUUGGAUGACAUCUAAAAGAACCUAUAGCAAGAAAAUCUCAUUAUUACUAACGAAAUAAUUGCUUAUAUUAUUUACUGAAUAUUUGUGAAUGGUUUCGGUUUUUCUGGCAGUUGCACAGUUUGUAUAAAAAAUGGUAUGCUAGGCAAAAGCCUUAGACUUAUUUAGGAACAUUCUUUUAAAGAAACACACUUUCUUUUCUUGAAACACUCAUUUUGAAGAUUUUCAAAAGUACUUUUAAGUGAUGUUCCAAAUCAAGUGGCAAUAAAAAAAGUUUGUUGAUGUGGUUCUCUAAAUUGUUAGAGAUUGAAUGUUAGAAAAUGUUAUUGAAUUUUCCCUCCAUAGUUCCCUUACCCAUUUAAUUUAUUUAAUUGUUGAAUGCAAUGCCGAACCUAUAGAAAGUAUUUGCAGGAUUCUCCUUGAUUAGCUCUAAUAAAGGCUAUGAUUGGUCUACCAAUCUGGAGAAUAAAAAUAAAUGAGAAAAAAAAAUUAAAAACUAACUUUUAGCUAAAUUGACAUAAAAAUUUUUGUUUAUUUUUCAACAUAACGAAAUUAAAUUUAGAUUCAACUUUAAGUAGGAAUAGAAAUAUUUUCCAAUUUUUUAAUGAAGACUUAGACGAUAGAUUCAAGUACUUAUAAUUUAUUUUACGAAAAUGCUUACACUGAAGCAUAAGUUUAAGCUGUUAUAUCCUUUUUACUAGUUUUGCUUUGAGUGCCCAUAUUUGUUCAAAUAUUGAUGUUAAAAAAAAUUUAAAUUUUGUGAAACUGUAUAUAA